CCACGUGGCUAAUUCCCAACUGCUGAAUCCCGUCGCUCUCCUGCCUCCCUUCCACCACGUGCCAAUCGAGCUCAAGCUUUUACCUUCCUCGCCUUCAAUGGCGGGCAUCCUCCGUUUCUCUUCCUCCAAUUCAUCCCUUCUCCUCAAACAAUUGCCCAUUAACACGCGCAUUCCCUCGUUCUCGAACUUCCUCCAUCCUCCCAAACUCUGUUUCUCCCACUUCCGCUGCAUAACCAUGGCGACGAGCAGCAGCAGCACCAAAAAUCCCUCUUCCACAGCCACUUUCCAGGUCCCCGAACUCGCCGCCGACGAGAUGGAGCGAAUGGCCGAGCAGACAUUUCAGAGAUACUCUUCAAAUACGAUCAAAAGAAAGGGAACAGGGACCGCGAUUGUUUGGUUCAGGUACGAUCUCAGAGUUCUGGACAAUGAGGCUCUCUACAAGGCUUGGGUUUCUUCUGAAUCGGUUCUCCCUGUCUAUUGUUUGGACCCACGCCAUUUCCAAUCCACUCACUUCUUCGGAUUCCCUAAGACUGGAGCUUUGAGAGCCCAGUUUCUGGUGGAGUGUUUGGCUGACUUGAGGAAGAAUCUGACGAAGAGAGGGCUGAACCUUGUGAUUCGCCAUGGGAAGCCGGAAGAAAUUCUCCCUGCUCUUGCCAAGCAGUUCUCUGCUCAUACAAUAUAUGCACAGAAGGAAACUUGUAGCGAGGAGCUAAGAGUUGAGAAGCUUGUAAGCAGAGCAUUGGAGAAAAUAAGUUUGACGACGACGAUGAUGGCUUCUUCAUCAGCUCCGAAGAAUCCCACACUUCGACUGGUUUGGGGAAGCACAAUGUACCAUAAAGACGACCUUCCCUUUGAUGCUCGUAGUGUUCCUGAUGUCUACACAGAGUUCCGCAAGUCCGUUGAAGCGAAAUCCAGAAUCAGGCAGUGUGUCAAGCUUCCCAUGUCUCUAGCACCACUUCCACCCGUCGCGGUGGAAGAUUGGGGGAGCAUUCCAACGGUUGAUGGUCUUGGCCUCCAACCACAACAACAGGUUAGCAAAGGGAUGAGGUUUGUAGGAGGUGAGAGUGCUGCAAUUGGCAGAGUGCAUGAGUACUUCUGGCAAAAGGACUUGCUUUGCGUGUAUAAGGAGACGAGGAAUGGGAUGCUGGGAUCCGAUUACUCGACCAAAUUUUCCCCCUGGCUGGCCUCUGGAUGCAUUUCGCCGCGGUUCAUUCACGAUGAGGUGAAGAGGUAUGAAAUGGAGAGGCUAGCAAAUGCUUCCACUUACUGGGUACUGUUCGAGCUACUCUGGAGAGAUUACUUCCGCUUCAUCUCGAUCAGACAUGGCAACUCCAUUUUCCAGUUAGGUGGCCCAAGAAGAGUGGAGAAGAGAUGGAGCCAGGACCAGAAGCUGUUUGAAUCCUGGAGAGAUGGCUGUACAGGGUAUCCUUUGAUAGAUGCAAACAUGAAAGAGUUGUCAGCAACAGGAUUCAUGUCAAAUAGAGGAAGGCAGAUAGUAUGCUCGUUCCUGGUUAGGGACAUGGGCAUAGACUGGAGAAUGGGGGCCGAAUGGUUCGAGACUUGCCUUUUAGAUUAUGAUCCCUGUUCUAAUUACGGCAAUUGGACAUAUGGUGCAGGGGUUGGAAAUGAUCCGCGAGAAGAUCGUUAUUUCAGCAUUCCGAAGCAAGCACAGACUUACGAUGCUGAAGGAGAGUAUGUGUCAUACUGGCUUCCCCAGCUGCAAAAUCUGCCGAAAGAGUCGCGUAACUUUCCUGGGAAAUUGUACAUCAAUCAAGUUGUACCUCUAAAGUUUGGUGGCAAAUCUAAUUAUAAGAGCCAUGCUCAAGCCACAACCUACAAUGGCAGGCAGCAGCAGCAGAACAGCCGUGGAGACAGAGCGACCAGAGGAAACAAGAGAUGGAACUAAAGCAUGUCGACGAGAUCACUCUUGGUACAGAGCAACAAUGAUGGAAAAGCAGCAACUUUGUUGAAUAAAAUUUCAGUUCUGCCUCAUUUAGGCAGGAGAUUAUCUUGAAUGAAUGGAAAGAACGCUUUGCAAAUUUACAUUGGAGGAAGAACAAGCAAAACCAUGUAUACGUUGUGUGUUAAGUGAUUCAAAUUUUCCGUGUACUCUGAUGACUACAUGAGAAUCGUAGCGGUCUUGAUUCGUGAUGCCAAACUUAGCAAGCCUGUAUAUAGCGUUCCAUUGAACUGAGAAACUCCAUGCAGCAAUUUGAAAUGUUUUUAUUUUUAUUUUUCCAGUUGGAGUUCAUUUUCUCUUCUUAGCAGCAAGACGACAUUUCAACUGCACAAGAAUGGCAAAUAGCUUCAAUACUGGAUUUAAACAAGGAAACAGAUAUUGUUUAGUGCUGCAAAGUUAAUGCUGAAAGGACAUGGUGGUAUGAAAACCAAUUCAUCAUAAAAUGAAACUUGUGCCAAUGAUUAAAAAUUCAUCAUAAAUUGGCUUGACACUAACAGUCUGUCAAGUUUUGAUUCAGCAAGAUAUACAAUGUAACGUAAAGAUUCCAAUCUAAACCAUUACCAAACACAGAUUCGUAGUUUAAAGCUAAGAGACCAUACCUGCUCAAUGUAUUUCAGUUGCACUAGUACUUUCUCGGUUUCCAACUCCUUAAACAAAAACAAAAAAUGGGGCCAAUAUAACUUUAGAAACAAGCUAAAUGCAGUUCAGUAUAUGCUUGGAGAAAUAUGUCAAGCAUGCAUAAAGAGAUGUCAACAAAAAGCUGGUUCUAUGAAAUCAGCUGUUCAGAUAUAAGCCAAUGCGAGGAAGUGAAAACAGAAUGCUCACCUGUGGUACAUUGCAAUCUGCAUGAAAUGGAUCCCAAGGAAGAGCACAAGAACAUUCCCAAUCAUCACUUUGGACUGCAGAGAGUGGUGCCCUGGAUGAAAUAUCAGCUUAUGAGCAGUGUCUACAAAAAAAACCAGGUGAUGCCUUGCCUAGAAGUAAAGUGUUAUGCAGGCCAUUCAUUUGUCCCAAGUACUAGUAGAACCAAUAUUCACUUGAAAAAUAGCAGAAAGCACAAGUCUCUCCUACCCAACUCAGUUUUAGCAAUCAAAAUCAAUAACUUAUCAAAGAAACCAUGAAAUUUGAACCGUAACCAUAUUUUAGCUUGCAUAUUCAACCAUUAUAGUAAGUGAGAAAGACAUGAAUGAUCCAAUGAAACUCAUAAAUGGGGAACAUUGUG